GAUCCAUUCUGUGAGGUGCAGCAGCAAAAUGGAAAGUGAUGGCAACGACGUCGUCGGCGGCGACAGUGAACUACGGAGGAGAGGGUGUACGUAUCGCAAAAACGACUUCCUCCCUGAGGAGUCGUUUCGGAGCUGGAGCAACUACGGGAGGGCGCUUUUGGAUACUCCCUUUCGGUUCAAGGAUCGGGUCGUGACCCGCUCCAUGGAUCAAACGGAGCUCGUCGAGAUGAAGUCUCGCAGUCAGGGCGAGAUGAAGAAGACGCUCAACUGGUGGGACCUCAUAUGGUUCGGCGUCGGAGCCGUCAUCGGAGCCGGAAUAUUCGUGCUGACUGGACUUGAAGCCAGGGAGAAGGCCGGGCCGGCGGUUGUGAUCUCUUAUGCCGUCUCCGGCGUCUCCGCCUUGCUUUCCGUCUUCUGUUACACCGAGUUUGCGAUCGAAAUUCCCGUUGCAGGCGGGUCAUUUGCCUACUUAAGGGUAGAGUUAGGCGACUUUAUCGCCUUCAUAGCUGCCGGAAACAUACUUCUCGAGUACACAGUCAGCUGCGCCGCCGUGUCCCGGUCAUGGACCUCCUACUUCGCCACCCUCUGCAACAGAGGCUCCGACGACUUUCGCAUAAUCGUUCCCGGCAUGAACCCGAGCUAUGGCCACCUGGAUCCCAUCGCCGUCGUGGUUCUAGUCAUCAUCUGCAUCCUUGCCGUCUUCAGCACCAAAGCUUCCUCUCGUUUCAACUACGUCGCCUCCGUCAUCCACGUUGCCAUCAUCAUCUUCAUCAUCAUCGCCGGUCUCAUCAAAGCCAACCCUCGCAACUUCCAACCCUUCGUCCCCUACGGACCACGUGGCAUCUUCGUCGCCUCCGCCGUCCUCUUCUUCGCCUACGUCGGCUUCGACGCCGUGUCCACCAUGGCCGAAGAGACCAAGGACCCGGCCAGAGACAUCCCCAUCGGACUCGUCGGCUCCAUGGUGAUAACCACCGGAGCUUACUGCUUGCUAGCAAUAACCCUCUGCCUCAUGCAACACUACACCGAAAUUGAUGUAAACGCACCCUUCUCCGUCGCCUUCAGCGCGGUGGGGAUGGAUUGGGCGAAAUACUUAGUGGCCAUCGGGGCGUUGAAGGGUAUGACGACGGUGAUACUGGUAAGCGCCGUCGGCCAGGCUAGGUACUUGACGCAUAUAGCUCGGACCCACAUGAUACCGCCGUGGUUCGCUCACGUGGACGCCAAGCUGGGGACGCCGGUGAAUGCGACGAUCACGAUGCUUGCAGUGUCGGCGGUGAUAGCUUUCUUCACGGAGCUUGAGAUUCUGUCGAAUCUGUUGUCGAUUUCUACUCUGAUCAUCUUCAUGCUUGUUGCUGUGGGUCUUCUUGUUCGACGAUACUACACAACUGGAGAGACGACGAAAGCAAACCAGACAAAGCUCAUAGUGUGCCUAGUCCUAAUUCUGGCCUCCUCCAGCGCCAUUUCCGGGUACUGGGCAAUGAGCGAUGGGUGGGUCGGGUACGCUGUGGCGGUGCCGUUCUGGCUAGUGGGCACGGCGGCGCUGUGGUUGUUUGUUCCGCAGGCGAAGAAGCCGAAGCACUGGGGAGUCCCACUGGUGCCAUGGCUUCCAUCUUUAUCAAUAGCCAUCAACAUCUUCCUGCUAGGCUCCAUAGACAAAGACUCGUUCAUAAGGUUUGGGAUAUGGACGGCAUUACUUUUGGUCUACUAUGUCCUGUUUGGCUUGCACGCUUCUUAUGACACUGCCAAAGAGCUUGAGAAGAACAGGCAGAUUGCUUCUUCUAUGACUGAUGAUAUUGUCAUGGAAGAAGGUGUUGUGGCUUCUUCUCCUGCACAUCCAGCUUCACAGAACAGGUAGAUAUCUGUCUAUGCAUAGAUACAAGGGAAAGAUUUUAUUAUUAUUAUUAUUAUUAUUUGUACUUAGAAUUCAUCUGUUACUAUUCUUUUCUUUAUUGCUGAAGUGUACGUAAGUGCUGGUUUUUAGGAUUUUUUUCUCCUUUCUACUUUUUUUUUGGCAUGACAGUUUUCAAGAACUAUAUAUCA